AUGUCGCAUAAGUUCUGUACUGUGCUGUCCUCAGAUAAUGUAAAGUAUACGCUGCCUAAGAAAUAUUAUAUACAAAGUAUAUUACUGACAGAUUUAAUAGAAGAAGUAGAAAUACCGGAGGAAGGUAUUUCUGUACUAGUGGAGAGUGAUGUACUUAAUAAAAUAGUGGAGUAUAUGGCAGAGUAUAAGCAUGCGCCUGUAAAUAUAAAUAAUAUAGUACUAACAGAGUAUGAUGAAGUAUUCCUGAACAUAGAAAGAACUCUUCUGUUUAAAAUAACAGCAGCUGCUAAUUAUCUUAAUAUGCCUGUGCUACUUGAAGUUUGUUGUAAAUAUAUAUCUACUAUACUACAAGAGAAGAGUACACAAGAAAUACGGCAAUAUUUAGAAGUAGAAGAGAACAUAAAUAAUGAAGUAUCUGUAGAAAAAGAGUAUAAAUGGAUGGAAUAAAUAAAGUGUAAGAUAGCA